AUGCGCUCCCAACAGGCCCGUGGCGGAGCAGGGCUAGUGACGCCAUGUAGGCCACACAACCUAGACGAACGGCCGCCGUCAGCUCGUGCCGGCCGCUGUCCUCGGUCGGGGCUCAUUGCUGGUGUACGGGUGUGUGGUAUUUUAGGAAGCACGACAUGGGCACACAUUGCGACGCCCGGCAGCCGUGCAGCUGUGUCUGGCAGCUGGAGCAGACAGAACCCACAUUCCGGGCCCGGUUCGCGCACAUUUUAUGUAAAGGCGGCUCUUCUGCGAAAACUCCACCCUCUGCAACUGAGAUUUGAGAAUUUUUCAAAAAUCAGAGGUACCGCAUUUAAGUAA